GCCCCGCCCCCGCCCCGCGCGUCGUCAUGGCGGCGGCCGGAAGGGGCGGGGCGGAGGCGCUGAGACUUCCGGGAGCGGCGCCGGGGCCGGCGGGGGACCAUGAGCUGGAUACCGUUCAAGAUUGGGCAGCCCAAGAAACAGAUUGUACCCAAGACAGUGGAGAGAGACUUUGAAAGGGAAUAUGGAAAGCUUCAGCAACUGGAAGAUCAGACCAAAAAACUUCAGAAGGAUAUGAAGAAAAGCACAGAUGCAGACUUGGCCAUGUCCAAGUCAGCUGUCAAAAUCUCGUCGGACCUGCUGUCUAACCCGCUCUGCGAACAGGACCCCGUCUUCCUGGAGAUGGUCACAGCCUUUGACACAGCGAUGAAGAGGAUGGACUCUUUCAACCAGGAGAAGGUGAAUCAGAUCCAAAAGACAGUCAUAGAGCCUUUGAAAAAAUUCAGCAGCGUGUUCCCCAGCCUGAACGUGGCGGUGAAGCGGCGCGAGCAGACGCUGCAGGACUACAAGCGCCUGCAGUCCAAGGUGGAGAAGUACGAGGAGAAGGAGAAAACCGGCCCUGUCCUCGCCAAGCUGCACCAGGCCCGCGAAGAGCUGAGGCCGGUGAAGGAGGACUUCGAAGCCAAGAACAAGCAGCUCCUGGAGGAAAUGCCCAAGUUCUAUAGCAGCCGCAUUGAUUACUUCAAACCCAGCUUCGAGUCGCUGGUCCGCGCGCAGGUCGUCUACUACACGGAGAUGCACAAGAUCUUCGGCGAGCUGACGGCGCAGAUCGACGAGCCGGGCCUCAGCGACGAGCAGCGGGAGCGGGAGCACGAGGCCAAGCUGGGCGAGCUGCGGGCCUUGUCCAUCGUGGCCGACGACUGACCGCGGGGCCGGGGGCGGGAGCCGGUGACGAGGCAGGCGCUGGAAAUCCCCCGCUCUGCUGCAGCGCGCCAGCCCCGCUUCCUGCCGCCUCCCUCCCGGGAGCCGCCGGCCGCCGCCGCGUUUUUAACCUCUUGCUGCUCCCCCCUCUCCCCGCGCCGCCCUGGGCUCCUGCCGGCACCGGCACCGGCGCGCGGCGCUUCGGGAAACAGGCGGCUCUUUCCCAAAAGCGGUUUCCCAACCCUGGCUGAGCCUGUUCUGCCCUCCCUGUUUUCCUAAGUGCUGCAGUUUCUUUAAAUGAGCGCUUGUUGCGCAGCAGGGAAACAAGGCGGUGGAGGAGAGGCAGCGGCUGCGCCCCGCACGCCUGGCCCCGGCCCCACGCAGCCCCUGCGCAGCCCCACGGCCCUGCCCGGGCAGCGGGAAGGAGUCACUGCCGCCCCGGCUGCUCGCUCGAUGCCUUAAGAGCCCAGCAGCAGCAGCAGGGAGGGCAAAAUUGCCCUGCGCGGUGCAUUUUGGAGGGGGCAGGAAAGGGGCGCUGAAGGUUCUGCUCCCUGCGCCGAGCAGCAGAAGAUGCUGCGUCCUUCGCAGACAAGGGGAAUAGAGCCGGGGCUGAAAAAGGGAAAUCCCACCUCACGGUGAAAAGCAGCAGCAGCAAAGCCGGGGAAAGGGGCAGUGCCUGGCGGCACGGGGGGCUGCACAGCCAGGAGGGCAGCAGGCUCCUCGCUGCUCCGUAGUCGGUGCCUUGGGGAGGGGAAGCCCGUCUCGGCCGGCCUCGCCGCACGCUGCGGCACACGAGGACCAGGCCCUUCUGUUCCAAUAAAGUUCUUCCCAGAGCCA